GACAGUGUCAGUCACCCAGGCAGGAGAGGUGGCAGGGGAGCUUGGCAGCCCGCCAAGCCCAAGCUCCGUUCUCUUCCCUUCCCAGGCAGUGGCAGCAGAGGAUGCCCCAGGCCCUGGAACGUGCAGAUGGCAGAUGGGCCUGGGUGGUACUGCUGGCUUCCCUGGUGACCCAGGCCCUCACCCUGGCUUUCCCUAUGUGCAUCGGCGUGUUCUUCACUGAGCUGCAGCAUGACUUCCAGGCCAGCAACAGCGAGACCUCCUGGCUCCCCUCCAUUAUGGGGUCCAUGCUCCACGCUGGGGGACCCCUGUGCAGCAUCCUGGUGGGGCGCUUCGGCUGCCGAGUGACUAUGAUGUUAGGGGGUAUGCUGUCCAGCCUGGGCAUGGUGGCCAGCUCCUUCUCCAGGACCCUCGUCCAGCUCUUCCUCACAGCGGGAUUGAUCACAGGCCUGGGCAUGAGCUUCAGCUUCCAGGGCUGUGUCACCGCACUGGGCUUGUACUUCGUCCGCCGGCGGCCACUGGCCAACGCGCUGGCCUCCAUAGGCAUCUCCAUAGGAGUCACCCUGUGGCCACUGCUAGCCCGCUACCUCUUGGAGGAGCUGGGAUGGAGGGGUGCCUUCCUGGUCUUCGGCGGGGCCUUCCUCCACUGCUGCAUCUGCGGCGCCAUCAUGAGGCCCGUGGCCACCAGUGAAGCCCCUGAGACCAGAGACCAUCUCCCCCCACUCCCCAAGACGCCAUCCCAUGGUUGCCUGGCAACCUGCGGCUCCACCCUCCGGUACCACCUGGCCUGUGACAUCCUGCGGCACAACCUGGGCUACUGCGUGUACACCGUGGGUGUGACGGUGAUGGUCCUGGGUUACUCGCUGCCACACAUCUUCCUGGUGCCAUAUGCCAUGCGGUACGGCAUGGAGGAGUAUUGGGCUGCGCUGCUCAUGUCCAUCGUGGGCUUCUGCAACAUCUUCCUGCGGCCCAUCGCUGGGCUGUUGGUAGGUCGGAAGUGCUUUGCUGACUACCGGAAGUACUUAUUCAGCCUGGCGAUCCUGCUCAAUGGGCUCACCAACCUGAUAUGUCCAGUGUCUGCUGAAUUCUGGGUGCUUGUGGGCUACUGCCUGGUGUACAGCGUGUCUAUGUGCGGGAUAGGAAUCCUUCUCUUCCAAGUCCUCAUGGACAUCGUCCCGAUGGACCGGUUCCCCAGCGCCCUGGGCCUCGUCAGUGUCCUCUGCAGCCUCACAUCCCUCAUCUCCCCUCCGCUGGCUGGGCUCGUUCUGGACAGCACUGACAACUUCAGCUAUGUCUUCUACAUGUCAAGCUUUUUUCUCAUCACCUCUGCCUUCUUCAUGGGUGGCAGCUUCUAUUCCCUACAAAAGAGGGAGAGAAAAGGCCAGCAAGACAAGGCAAAGGGAGACACCUCAGAGACUGUUCCAGUGCCAGGUCUUAUCCUGGAAGACAGACCCAAGAGGGAGCUGUGUACGGAGAGCAUGUACGUGACCAGCGUGUGAGCCUGAGGCCAGCCUAAGACCUUCCAAGCAGUAUCCUGGAGUGACCCUUCCUGGCUUCCUUCCACUGAGUCCUGCUGGGGGCAGCCAAGGCCAGCUCAGCCUGGCUGGCUCCACACUGCUGCUACUACAACACAGCACGUUGGAUCUUCACGUCCAACUUGCAUGCCUCCAACAUCAGCUCUCCUUUGACCUUCUCUGGUCCGCUUCCAAAGUGACUGGUCAUGACCCUGGAGGCAGCAAGUCUGCCUCCACACAAGUGAUCGGACCUCACGUUGACUGGACGGAGGGCCAGGCUGAGGAGGUGGCCUGGAUACAGAAUGAGGACAGAUGAAAGGGGGUGUGGAGUUCCCCCACCCUGACACAUGAGCAGACUACGGGGAAGGGAGCCCCUGCUGCUGUCCUGGAGCAGGCCUCUAGCUUUGGUCUCUGAGUUGGGGAGUCGGAGGGGUUCCCUGACACUCAGCAGGGUCUCCCCCAGUCUCCCCUUGUAUCCAGUAUAGGGUUGGGGGAAGUAGACAUUCAAAUGACCGGCAGAGGGAAAGGCUUGCUUAGGUAGCUGAAAGACUGUCAUGAAGCCGGGCACCAUGGCUCACGCCUGUAAUCCUAGCUACUCAGGAGGCUGAGAUCUGGGAUCUUGGUU